AUGGUUUUUACCUGUGAUGUAUGUCAAAAAUCAUUUAAUCAAGAGACUAAUUUAACCCGUCAUAAGAAAACACUUCACAAUGGACAAUCUUUCAAUUGUGACAAGUGUGAGCAAUCAUUCAGCCGUAAAGAUGCAUUAAAUCKACAUAGAAAGAAACAYUCUCAAGACAAGUCACACCAUUGUGGUUAUUGCACUAGAAACUUUUAUCGAAAAGAUAAACUCUUGGAGCAUGAAGCCAUUUGUAAAUAUAAAGAUUUGUACAAACAGGAUGAUAAAAAGAGAAAGURUAAUUCAUUUGAUCAAGAGGGAAGCGGUGAGUCUCCUAAAAAACAACRAAAAACCGAAGAACAAAAGGAAGAUAAUUCAUAUAGCGUCGAUGAUCCAUGUCAAAUAACUUCAGCCAUACAGGAUUCAUUGAAAACAUUCAAGUAUAAACCUCGAAAGAAAGAAAAGUUGGAUCUUAGAGUUUCCUUGCAAGGAAAAAAUAAAGUUUUAUUACAUCGACUUGAAAAGGAACUUGCCUCUAAAAGAGGUAUCAAAUGGUCUCUAAAUGUUAAAGUAAAGUUGGUUAAACACAAGUCAGACGGAACUGAUGUCUUCUCAGAACCGCAUUUCAGAAGUUCGUGUAUGACAUCAGUGAACCCACACGAACUUGAGCAGCAACUUAAAGAAGCCAACCAAAAGGUCGUAGGUGCGUUUACAGCCUACCAGAGGGAAGGUAGUGGUUGGUUAUUGUCUGAAGUACUCCACCUCGACUUAAACAUUGCCAAAUACACCCCUAUCAAAGGAUCGAGUUACCUCCCUCUUCCAAAACAGUUGAGAGAUAAGAAAGCCAUUCUAAAUAUUAAGAACAGUGACAAUAAAUGUUUUAUGUGGAGUAUAUUAGCAGCAGUACAUCCAAUCAAUUAUCAAUUCAAUCCUGAACGCAUCCAUCAUUAUCAACCCUAUAUUAAUGAAUUGAACUUUGAUGGUAUCGAGUUCCCAGUUACCAUCAACCAGAUACCAAAGUUUGAAAAACAGAACCGAAUUGCAGUGAAUGUGUUCGGUUUUGAAGAUCGACUACUUUUCCCGGUUUACAUCACCAAAGAAAGAUUUGAUGUCCAUGUCAAUCUUCUCCUGUACUCCAUAGGGGAACAGCGUCAUUAUUGUUUGAUCAGGAAUCUUAAUCGACUUCUUUCAAGCCAGACCAAAUAUGAAGGCCAGAUGUAUCAUUGCCCACAUUGUCUUCACGGUUUUGUGCGCCAAGACCUCUUAGAUGAUCACCAACCUAGAUGUAGUCAACAUGGAGCACAGCGAAUUGAGUUACCCAACGAGGAGAACAUGUUUCUACAUUUCAAAGAGUAUCAUAAACAAUUGCGUGUACCGUUUGUUAUUUACGCGGAUUUUGAAAGUUUAACAGCAAAGAUAGAUUCGGCAUCUUCUGAUCCCAACAAAUCCUCAACAGAGAAAUUCCAGCAUCAUCAAGCCUGUGGAUUUUCAUACAUUGUUGUCUCUGAGAGGUCAGACUAUUGCCAACCACCAGUCUUAUAUCGAGGGGAGAAUGUGGUAGAACGGUUUUUGGAAUCAAUCCUGAAGGAAGAGGAACGCAUCAGUAAUUUGUUGAAAGACAUUGUUCCAAUGCAACUCACUCCCGAGGAGGAAUUAGCGUUUCAAGCAGCAACGCAUUGUCAUAUUUGUGGAGAAGAAUUGGGAGCGGAUAAAGUCCGUGAUCAUAAUCACGUGACAGGCCAAUUCAGAGCAGCAGCACAUAAUUUAUGCAACCUCAACUACCAAUUUAAUGGGCGUGUCCCUGUAAUUCUCCAUAAUUUAAAAAACUAUGACUCCCAUCUUAUCAUGCAAGCACUUGGCAAGGUUAAAGACAAACCCAUCAAUUGUAUCCCUAACAACCUGGAGAAGUAUAUUUCCUUUUCACUCGGUAACCUAGACUUUAUCGACUCUCUACAAUUUAUGAAUUCAUCAUUGGAGAGACUGGUGACUAACCUCUCUAAGGAAGGAGAAACUAAGUUUCAUACCGUCAAGAAAUACAUUAAACCUGAACUUGUUCCAUUGAUACUGAGGAAAGGUGUUUAUCCCUAUGACUACAUGGAUUCCAUUGAACGAUUUCAAGAGACACAACUACCCCCCAAAGAAGCCUUCUUCAGUAAACUAACAGGAGAGAAUAUCUCAGAUGAAGACUACCUACAUGCACAAAAUGUCUUCUCAUCCUUUGAAUUAGACAACCUUGGUGAAUAUCACGACCUCUACCUGGUUUCAGAUGUCUUACUUCUUGCAGAUGUAUUUGAGAAUUUUCGUAACAUCUGUCUUAAUUACUACGAGUUAGACCCAGCACAUUUCUACACAAGCCCUGGUUUAGCCUGGUCGGCGUGUUUAAAGAUGACACAAGUAGAACUAGAACUUUUAACAGAUCCUGACAUGUAUUUGUUUAUUGAAGAAGGAAUUCGUGGUGGUAUUUCUAUGAUUAGCAAUCGUUACAGUAAAGCAAACAAUCCCUAUGUACCUGAUUAUGAUCAAACUCAAAAUAACAACUACAUCAUCUACCUGGAUGCCAAUAAUUUAUACGGUUGGGGAAUGAGCCAACCACUUCCUACACACGACUUUUUCUGGUUAACAGAAACCGAAAUACUUAACUUUGAUGUUACAAGCAUAGCAGAUGAUAAUGAAGAUGGAUACAUACUUGAAGUGGACUUGGAGUACCCACAAGAACUGCAUAACCUACACUCUGAUUAUCCUUUAGCACCAGAAAGGAUGAAGGUUACUCCUGAGAUGUUAUCCCCCUACUGUCAAGAGUUAAACGAUGAACUUGGUGGUGCAUCUGUUCCCAAACUUGUACCCAACCUACGUGACAAAACCAACUACAUUGUUCAUUAUCGCAACUUGAAACUGUACCUAGCACUUGGUCUGAAACUUACAAAAAUUCAUCGAAUCCUUGGAUUUGUCCAAAGCACUUGGUUAAAACGAUACAUAGACUUUAAUACUGAUAAAAGAAAGCAGGCCUCUAAUGACUUCGAGAAGGAUUUUUUUAAACUGAUGAACAAUGCCGUGUUCGAAUUUUCUCAGAGGAACUCGCAGCAAUCAAUAUGA